CUCCGAGAGGGCGAGUCAGCAAGCAGCAGACCCAAACCGUAAAACGAGAAAACGCGAAAAAAAGGUGGAGACGGGAUGUCGGGAAUGACUGAUCGUUCAGUCACCGCCACGUGACAAAGUCGUCUCAGGAGCUGAGGCACGCCCCGACACACACACCAACGAAGGCUGUCCGACUCAAGACAGACAGACACACGUCAGCGACCAGCAAGCAACGGAUCGCCUCUCCAGUCUCGUCGCCGCUCGGUCUCACAUACAGGAUGAGCACCUUGGCGUAUACCGGUGGGGCGGGCCUCUCGACGGCGACGCUCCUGGGCCUCUACCUCGUCUUUACUGGCUCGGGCGAGGCGUUCAACAUCGGCGCCUUUCUCACCGAGACAUCGCCCUAUGUGUGGGCGAUGAUCGGCAUCGGCCUCUGCAUCGGCCUGAGCGUCGUGGGAGCCGGCUGGGGCAUCUUCAUCACCGGCGCCUCGAUCCUGGGCGCGGGUGUGCGCGCGCCGAGAAUCACGACCAAGAACCUGAUCAGCAUCAUCUUCUGCGAGGUCGUUGCCAUCUACGGCGUCAUCAUGGCCAUCGUCUUUAGCGCAAAGGUCUCGAGCAACUUUGAGGCCGCCGACAAGCUCUGGACGGGCAACAACUACCUGACUGGCUACCUGCUCUUCUGGUCAGGCAUCACUGUGGGCAUGUGCAACCUCGUCUGCGGUGUCUCGGUCGGCAUCACGGGUGCCAAUGCCGCCGUGGCCGACGCAGCAGACCCGCAGCUGUUUGUCAAGAUUCUCAUCGUCGAGGUCUUCAGCUCCAUCCUCGGCCUCUUUGGUCUUAUCAUCGGGCUCAUCCUGUCGGGCCGCGGGGAAGACUUUGCAUGACCUUUCCUCUCGCUUCUCUCUCUCUCUGUGACGCAAUCAAUCAACACAAUCAAUCUCUGGACACGAAGUCUUCGGGUGCUGUUGGACACACAGUCUUUGGGUGCUGUUGGACACACAGUCUUCGGGUGCUGUGGGGGUGGCUAUAGGAUGUCUCUCUCGCCGUCUCUCUUGUCACCGUCUCUCCUGCAAAGCCUGGGAGGAGCAACGUGGUCGUGGCAAACAGUGAGACAGUGG